UCUUGAUAUUUUCUUGGGCCUGAACCUGAUUGUUAUAAGGACUCUCUUGGAAGGCCCAUUAUUGUAAUAAUCGCGGUAAAUGAAAAACCCUAGACCCCAUAAGCUGAGAGAACCCAAAUCACUAACUGUGCAAGCUUAGAACUUUCACUCAGGUUUGAUUUAAAUUAGGUUGGAAUGGGUUGGAAAGCGGCAGAGAAACUCAUUAGGCACUGGAAAAUACUCAGAGGAGAUAAUGUUAUGAUAAUCAGGGGAAAGGAUAAAGGAGAGACUGGUAUUAUUAAGCGUGUUGUUAGGUCUCAAAAUCGUGUUAUUGUUGAAGGGAAAAAUCUGGUGAAAAAGCAUAUUAAAGGAGGAGAACGUCAUGAAGGUGGGAUCUUUUCAGUUGAAGCUCCACUUCAUGUCUCAAACGUUCAAGUUCUUGAUCCAGUCACAGGGAAGCCCUGUAAGAUUGGAAUUAGAUAUCUAGACAAUGGAAGUAAAGUAAGAGUAUCUAGAGGUAUGGGAGCAUCUGGUUCAAUAAUUCCUCGUCCUGAGAUUUUAAAGAUAAGGACAACACCAAGACCGACAGUUGCUGGUCCCAGAGAUACUCCUAUGGAUCUUGUGCUGGAGAAGACAUACGACGCCAAAACUGGAAAGGGCAUGCCUGACCUUUGAAAGCUUUUUUGGUUUCUUGAGAAAUUAUAUAUGUUUUAGCCAAAGAUGUUGAUGAAAUAUGGGUGCAUUGGAGUCCUAAGUAGUCCAGGGCAAAUAAUCAUCUCCCACUGCAUUCUAGAUGUACUCUGGCAUUUUUGCUUGGAUUUCACUGGUUUUAUCUGUUUCUGGUUAGGCUUUUAAUCAUCACUAUGCGGUUGAACCUUGAAGACUGCCAUAUUUUCAUGAACAAUGGACUAGCUUGAGAAGAACAGUUAAACAUCAAUUUCUUUAGCAGAUAUUCAAAAAAAAAAGGCUUAGACAGGUAUGAUUUGUAAUUCUAUUUAGAUGCACGGGCUGGUGUUUCAUUUCAUCUCAAGUAUCCAAUUUUCUUUAAGCUUGGACAAUUGUUUUCUCGGCCUGUUGGCGAUGGUGAGGGAAACUUAUCACCAACUACUACUGUUAAUUUUCAGAAUAAUGAUUGAUGCGGUGCAUGUUCUAUUCAA